AUGGGCCAGUCGAAAAAACUGAGCGUGUUUUCGAUUGUUUUCGUCGUGUUUGCGACAAAAAUAUCGUGUGUGGAAGAUUUACUCGGCGAAAAUACAUGUAAUUGGAUUUGUAAAUCUGAAAGCAGCGGUACAGACGUCAAAGAAUUUCGGAAGAUCAUGUCUCAAGGAAAACUGAUGAAGCUGAAAAUUCGGUACAAUGAGUGGAUAGACCAAGCUUGUGCGAACGAAACAGAUGCUACUAGCAACACAACUACACUCGCGGAAGUUUGGGUCAAAGAAAUUGACGCUUCCGUUGGAGUAAUAGUGUCUCUUAGCUACACUGGCCUAGCCGAGAUUUACUCAGGCCAGUUUUUGCUUGGGGGGUACAAACAACAAAUGAAUGUUUCCUGUGUCUUCAAGUCAACAUCUAGACCUGGAACAAACCACCCAUCACCGCGACUGGCUUUCUACACUCCUGACUCUGUCAUGUACUAUGUCGAGCAACUUUCAAACGUCAACUCGAGGAACGCGUCGUUCUUGACCCUUAUAAGAACAGAAAAUCAAACUAGAAUAACAGUCAAUGUCCCCAGUAGUUCAGCCAGAGACAGUUCUGCUACGACCAAGGAUAAGGAAAUAGUUGUAAGUGAUGGAUGGAUCUAUUUAGCUGUCGUGAUUUUGAUUGGAUUUGUUCUGUACUCUUCCGCAGUGUUGCUUUGGUGUCGUCCAUCAGAAAUCACAAUACCUCUUUCAAAGGGGCUCAGAAAGCGGCCACAAUGCUUUACAUGUAUACGACUUGAACGUAUUCCCGUUCAGGAGACUGGCGGUGGCGAUGUCUUUGGUGUCAAUAGUCCCCGAGAACAUGAUGAUGAUGUUCCUUCAAGCACUCGUCGGGAGAUAAAUAAGAAUGAUGACGAUAAUCUCCAAAAACAUAAGAGAGCAGAAGGCGAUGUUACCUCGGCCUGUUGUCUCGACAUGACUGAUUAUAUCACACCGCGAUCUUUACACUCGGAAACAGGAGAAAGUGCUGCAACCCAUUUCUCCAGAGAGGCUGAGACACCUGACAGAGAACAUUCAGUGACGGUAGCGCCUGGUCAGGAGAGCUUUGCCGCAGGAUAUAGCAAGGACCCAGCUAGGUAUUCUCUCACGACGGACAGAAAGUUGAUGGCUUCGACGUCUAGUUGUGCUGAGCCAUGUCCUGGUAGUCAGCCGCUGCAGCUGUUUGAUAACGUUGAUGUAAACGGACGAGACGUUUCUACUGCGAUAGAGGCAAAGAGCAACAGUAGGCAGAAUACCGAGAUGCCUGAUGGGGAAGCAACUGAUGCUUAUCGUACCAACUCAGUUGAAGAACUGAACACUAAUAAUACUGAAAAUGACAACACAAAUGGUGAACUCACUUGUACUGAUACUAAUGUGCCUGAUACGCCAGAUACGUUUGCCCGCAACCUAGUCUGUUCCAGGCGUUCAACCACCAAUUCAUCACAACAGGCCAUUUCACACGAGACAGAAGAAACCUAUACUCGUAUGAUUAUUGUCGGAGGGCCCUCCCCAGUAGGUUUUGGAAGUUGGAUAGGUAACACGUUUUUCUCUCAAAACAAAAGCCUAUUAAAACGGUGGGGGAAAUUCAUUCUUUUGACAUUUCUCCCAUUUUUAGCUUUCACAGGCUUGGGGGAUUUCAUGUUGCUGUUCCUACCAAAACUCCACUCAAGGAUUGGUUCUUAUUUACCAUAUCCCCACCUAACUGGCUCUGUGUUUAACUUUCUCUUUAAUCAUCACCCUAUUCUUCUUUUGUUGGUACUAUUUUCGUUCAUUUGCUAUUUUAUUAGAUCCGUUUUUGUACAUGGAUUGAUUUCAGGUAAAUUUCCAGCCACCAGUACUUCAUGGACGACCUGCUUUGUUCACAGAAGGCAUUUUGAGUGCUAUGUUGAUGAGCGUAUUCAUUCAUUUGUGUUGCAGUUUGCUUUCCCUAAGUCAUUAGGUUGUGGGUGGAACAUGCCCAGGCCUCCCCACGGAAGGACCGGGAGUUGGUUUAUCGAAGUAUGCCGCAUUAUGUGUUUUGUCAGUCAUAUGCGCAUCUGUAACGUUUGCAAUAACUCUCCAAUAGAAUGUCCCACGGACCUCGAAGUUCCAGACAACAUUUUGCAUAACUUAAAGGAACUAACCAAUGUUUUUAUAAACUUUUUCAACGGUUUCAUUGAGUGCCUUAAAAUCUUCAUGCGGGACCUCACUAAAAUCCGCCAUGAGGUAUGUGGGAACGGAUCGUUGUUCCGUAAGAUCGUUGCUGUUUUUUUCAAUAUCAUUGUUGUUGGCGUUGUUAAGCCAGUCCUUUCCAUACUAGCCGUUAUAAUCCUUUUUGUGGUGGAUGUUGUUUUGUCAUCUCCACUGUUUUGUCUAUGUCAUGGCAGAAGGUGGAUUUUAAACGAAAGUUUUGAAAACAGUUUCCCAGGUUCCAGUUUCAUUCUCCCCGUCCUCGAGAUUAUUCUCGUUGGUUUUUCUCUGUUCUGGAAAGUGUUUUUCUCGUUAAGCAGUGCUGUUAUCAUGAAGACUGUCAUCAUAAGUUCCAUAAAGACACUCACAUAUCACCUACGUGAACUUUUACCACAUUUUACAGUUGUUAUCCUCGUCUUUCAUUAUUUUUGGAGUUGUUACCGUUGUUUUAAAAAACCGUUUUGUGACCUGGUCAGCAAACUGUUCACCUCUUACAUGAAAAAAUUUGAUGAACGUGAGAAGAAAGGAGAACUGAAUAAACUCAUUAACUACAAUCAAGGAGAGUAUGCGAAACUGAUUCCAAAAGAACUGUUUAGUUAUGCAUGCGAGCAUGAGUUGAUCUGCAUCCGUGUGAAAGACCGCCUGCCCAUACUGUUGUUAAAAUUAAUAUUACCAUUAUUGCUACUUAGCUUAGCUUACCCGGCUAUUCACGCUCAAGAUUCUGAGUCAGAUGUGAUUAUAGGUGUACUGAUAACAUUUUUGGCAACUAGCUAUAGCAAAAUAAACGAUUUUGUCAAUGAAAGUGAGUCAGGAGUAUCCACAGAAGUUGCUGACAAGGUAGUCGAUGACUACAACAAGAAAAAACAAUAA